UCACAGCUCUGUGACAUUCACUGUUCUCAUGCCUGUGUCCACUGUUUAAAUAUCUAAAAAUGAACACUUUACUGUCGUCCUUUUCUCUACUGCGUGGAAUAACCCGUUUAACCAGCUCACCUGCAGGGAAUAUUACUAUGACUGGCUAUUCUCACCUUAGAUCAUUCAGCAGCUGUAUCUUGCCCAGAGCAGCUGCAGGGCUUCAGGUUUCCAGAUGUGGGCCACUUUCUUCACAAGCAGAAGGCCCAGUAGUAUGCCAGCAGCUUCCGUGGCAAUACCAACAGGUCAGGACAAGGAAAAGAGGCACGGAGUAUCAGCCCAAGAACAUUAAACGCAAAAGGACCCACGGCUGGAUCAAGAGGCUCAGCUCAAAGAACGGCAUUGAAGUGAUUCUAAGGCGUAUGUUUAAGGGACGCAAAUCCCUCUCACACUGAGGAUUCCUCCUGGAAAACGGAAAGACUUUCAGGAAAAAGACAGUGAUUUUGAAAUAAAAAAGGGACCCUUUAAAGAACAGAUAAUUUGAAUAAGGUGGUGAUACUGGGUGGGGUCUUGCUUUGGCAGUCCCACUACAGUAAUAAUGGGUGGGAGGAUGAAAACUGGCCUUUAACAAACAAGUUUCUUCUACCACUUGUUUUGGUCAUGAUCAUUAAAUGUUAGUAGAUAGCUGAAAUUUUGAUUUUCACAAAUGAAGAAACAGAAAUCCUUGUUAACUUGAAAAUAAAAUCACUGUUGCAUAAUUAACAUGCAUUUGUGUUUGAAAAAUAAAAGUUUGGGUUUUUUUAAGGAUUUUUUGUUGCCUCAAGAUACCACUUUCAUCUUGAAACUUUAAUUGCUACAUACAAAAGGUUUAAAUGAGAAUUUGUGUGAGUUGAAAAUAAAGUAGAGAAAAUGUAUGCCUAAAUGAUGUCUAUAUGCCAGAAAAACUAGAUCAAUCUUGUUGGAAGUAUUUUGCAUGGAUAGCAUUCUAACUUGAACACUAUGCUCAUAAACUACUGAC